AUGGCCGACUCUGAGGAAUUCUGGAACAAAUGGGUAGUCAAUGGCGCGAUCACCAUGUACGUCAGUAGCAUUGUGACCGUCCUCAACGUCGGCAUUCAGUCGUUCAUGUGCAUCUACGGGCUAUCUGCCUUCCUUCAAACGCCUCGCGACCUUCGCAAAGGACGCCUGCCCUACAUCGCGAUCAGCUUCCUCAUCCUGACUCUGCUCGCCCUGACAAGUGCAUUUGAGUUGUAUCGUCAAUUUACGACCAUGUAUUUCAGUGGACCUGGCGAGGAGUUCAGGCAAGCGGAGAACGUCAUGUAUACCCAUUGGUCGAAAGUCACGAGUCAGGUACUCAUGUACCUCUAUAUGACGAUUGGGGACGGUCUCUUGCUUUACAGAUGCUACAUUAUCUGGCAAAACGCACCCUGGGUCAUCGUCUUACCAGGUGUAAUGUAUCUCUCAUUCAUAGGCCUCACAAUCUCAACCAUAUCUCGCGAUUCCACGGGCAUAACCCUACGCGACCUCACUCAAAUCGGGAUCACUCGCAAGAUCAACUCCGCGCUUUCGAUGUUUACAUUCCUAACCAAUGUCACUGCCACAUCCCUCAUCGCAUACAAACUCAUUCGCGCGCACCGGGACUUCUCGAAGUCCCUUCCUGGUCGCAAUGUCGGGGUGUACCGGACCGUGACGAGGAUCCUUAUUGAAUCAGCACUUCCACUCUCCCUGUUCGGCUUUCUGUUCGCCCUCUUCGGAGUCCUGCAACUAGUUUACGUGACAAAGUCCCCGGCAUCCGCAUUGCCAUUCCUCACUGCCAGCAUGGUUGUUGGCAUUUUCUACACCAAUUUCGCGGCUCUCGCACCUCAAUUGAUCAUUUUCAGAGUGACCACCGGGAGAUCCUUCGUCCGUCAUGAUGAGACUGAGUUCUCCAUCCAUCCCGAAAGUCGCUUGUCACAGCCGAUUGCCUUUCACAGCAGUACGAUCAGUGGGUCCAAUGCUGUGAACUCUUUCACCAGUCGAGUUGGAGAGGAACUUACCAAAGCUGGCCGUGUUGUAUAG